AAACCCUACAAACCAACAUACCAACAUGAAGGAAAAACAGGUGACAAAAAUGGCCACCAAUGAAGAAGAGGAAAUUCACUCUCAAUAUGCUAUGCAAUUAGCAAGCGCAUCACUUGUGCCUAUGGUGCUCAAAGCAACCAUAGAGCUUGGAGUGUUUGACAUACUGCACAGAGCUGGCCCUGGAGCCCUGCUUUCAGCCACCCAAAUAGCAUCUCAGCUUCCCUCUAACAACAACCCAGGUGCCGAUUUGGUUCUUGAUCGUAUGCUUCGCCUUCUGUCUGCUUACUCUGUUCUCGCUUGCUCUGUCACCUCACACCAAACUGAUGGGGAGGCUCUCAGGCUUUAUGGGCUGUCACCUGUCUCCAAAUAUUUCAUCAAAAACCAAGAUGGUGUGUCAUUGGCACCUUUACUAUAUUUGUGCAAUGACAAGGUCACCAUAGAUAGCUGGUUCCAUUUGAAAGAUGCAGUUUUGGAAGGAGGGCUUCCAUUUAGCCAGGCCUAUGGAAUGAAUGUGGUGGAGUACGUUGGGAAGGAUGAAAGAUUUCGGGGAGUGUUCAAGGACUCAAUGAAAGAGUUCAACCCCAUUUUUAUGAAGAAGAUUUUGGAGACUUAUAAGGGUUUUGUAGGUCUAAAAACACUUGUAGAUGUGGGUGGUGGUGAUGGUACUAUCCUUAACAUGAUAAUCUCCAUGUACCCUGCCAUCAAGGGUUUCAACUAUGAUUUGCCUUCUGUUGUAGAAAAGUCUCCCUCCCAUCCUGGUAUAGAGCACAUUGCAGGAGAUAUGUUCGUAAGGAUUCCGAAAGGAGAUGCCAUUUUCAUGAAGUGGAUGCUACAUGGCUGGGAUGACAAACAUUGCUUGAUGAUACUGAAGAAUUGCUAUGAGGCCUUGCCAGACCAUGGGAAAGUGAUACUGGUGGAUAUGGUGGUACCAGAAGCCCCUGAAACUAGUCUUUCUGCUAGAAGUUUGUUUCAGUUUGAUGUGUACCUGAUGAACACUAAUGCGAUGGGAAAGGAGAGAACAGAGAAAGAAUUAGAAAGUUUGGCAAAAGAAGCAGGGUUUUCAAACAUUCGAGUUGCAUGUUCUGCUUUUACUUUUUCAGUCGUUGAGCUGUUUAAAAACGUGUAAUAUCCAGUUGGAUGUGUUUUAUUUUUCAAUAAUUACUCUUCUUUUCUUUUCAA